CCAAGAGCAAACUGUUGUUCUCUGUCCAUGAAACCCCUUCAUGUUCCCGACUGGCUUGUAAAACUUAAUCGCCGGCUAAUAGGAUCUUAUCGCUGCAAAGCCUGUAACCCAAGCAACCCUCGCUAAACAAAUUCAUAUCCCAGUACGAAAAGACUUAAAAUAUCUUUUUUAAUAGAGGAAAAGAUCAUGGAGGAUUGGAAGAUAACGUCGGAGGAGCUCAUCCGUCUGCGGGAAAGCUGCCUGCAGUGCAUCCGGGAUGGGGAACUCUACGAGCUGCGCAAUGAUGCGAAACUACGGGCUGUUUAUAGCACCCAGACCUACGAGGAGUUCAAUGGACGCAGCUCAUCUCCGUCCAGUGUCCAGGAGCGAUAAGGUCAAUGCGCAGACGAAGAACCGCCUUUGGAACUCGGCCGCCCUCGAUUGAUUGACUGAUUGACUGAUUGACCAAUAAAGAUGAAAGCACAGAGCUAUAAUCGGGAAAUUCGUUUUAUUUCGCAAAGUUUUUAGACGUUGCUGUUGAUCCAGGAGUGGAGAGCAGCGACAUCGGAGUAGACACCGGGGUAGUUGGCGUAAGCGCAACCGUAUCCCCAGGAGACGACACCAACAAGGACUCCACCGGAGACCAGUGGGCCGCCGGAGUCACCCUGGCAGGCAUCCUUGCCGCUGGCAGCAGCGCAGAUCAUGGUGCUCCUGAUCUCGCUACCAUAUCCGUAGGAGGAGGAGGCGCACUGCGACAGACCGACAAUGUU